ACAUCUUGUCUGUCUCGCUCGUCUCGCAAUGCUUUACGGUGCUUUAUUAUCACUCACAGCAUUUAUGUUUUGUCUUAGUCUUUUCCUGCUGCACAGAGCCAGUGUUUUAGAGAAUGAUUUUCGCAAACUCCAAGGGGACAUAAUUCUACAAUUAAAUCAGCCACGUUCUGAGGGAGUCAGUGGGAAAACGGCCAAGAUGUCUAAAACAAGUGAGGACGUAAAGCCAAGCGCGUUGCAGAAAGCUCAGAGCUCUCUGAAGAUGUCUUCGAGGAGAGUAAAAAGGGAACAGGGCAGCUGCAGAGAUCCGACAUCAUUCCUGCAGUUAACAGCUAACACUAACAAACAGCCAGAUACAAGAGGAAAUAUAACCGUGAUCCCUUGGACUGUGUCUGCGCAGCAAGGAAAUGCAAUUUCGCAAAAGGAAAACAGAAUUGUUGUCCAAGAAGAUGGUUAUUACUUGGUGUUUGGACAAGUAUUGUGUCACUGUAACUCAAGCAUAACUAAGUUGAUAUUACAUCUGAUUUGUUCCGACGAUUUAGCUAAUGUUCUGCUUCGUUCGCAGGUUUUGUUCACGAGCCCGAGCACAGUUAUGGGUCACAUCAUUCGAAGAUGGGGCUCCAUGAAAACAGGAAGGGCAUCGACAGAGCUCUUGCAUUGCCUGCAGGAGAUGUCUGACGAUGAAAGUCCCGACAAUACGUGCUACACUGCAGGUAUAGUGCAGCUGCAUCAGGACGACGAGCUAGAGCUGGUGAUACCAGACAGGCCUCGAGCCCUCAUCUGCAUGGACGCAGACUCGACCUUUUUUGGUGCCGUGCAGCUGAACUGAAACGAGGCAGAGAGGAGACGAUAACGGCGCAGCUCGACGUCGCAGGAUGCAGGAAGCUGACACUGAGCUGUGUGAGGGGAUGCUGAUAAAGGGCGGAGUGACAGCAGCAGGAAAACUGCUGGGACCUGAAUCUCAGGAAAACACACGCUGAACUUUUUUAAACGAACGCCGCAUCUCAUCUGUCAGCUCUUUGGCGACGGCUAUUUUUAAAACCCGGCAGCUUUAAACCUUUAAAGUGUAUCUUUCAGGUAGUCCACCUGGGCCUGUCCCCCAGCAUUGUUUGUGCGUGCUACCGCCGCCUUUCAUCAGUCUAUUUUAGCAUGUCUCUUUAUACCUCGCUGGGGGCUCCCCUCCAGCUCCACCUCUGCGCUGUCUGUUUAUUUGUUCCUCUCGUCUAUUUUAGAAUGGUUUCCGUUUUCCUGAGACCGUGUCAGGAACAAACAAAGGUAUAAAUUUAUAUCAGUCUGUAGGUGUUUUCCCGGCUGACGCGAACUCUUCAACACUGUGAAUACUUUCAUAUAUCCUGACAAAAUUAAAUAUGCUUUUGUAUGAAUUUAAAUGAAUUCUCAAUUGGUAUUUCAGUUCAACUCAUUUUGAACUUUUGCAUGUGCAUAAUUGGUUACAUUAAACAUAGAUGUAUGACCAUCUUUGUCUAAAAAUCUGCUUUUAUCCAAAUUAAAGGGUCCUUAAUCGAACGUUUUCUUAAUACAAGGUGAUGUAUCAGAAGCCAAGCCUUUACUGUCUAAAUAUAGUAUCCACAAUGCCUAUCUGGUAUCCGCAGAUGUUUUCUG